AUGCUAACAAUCAAAGAUUGUUAUAAAGUGAACUAUUUUAAUAAUUUACUAGAAUAUUUGGAAGAUCAGGUAGAAGAGGAGUUAUACCCUUAAAAGUUACUUCCAUAGAGGCCAAUACAAGGCUUAGAUGGUGAUGUUGUUGGCGAAAAAGAUUUAGUUUUUCGAGUUUCUUCAGAAACCACCACAAUUAAAAUCAGAACUAAAUCUCCUAUUUAUUUUAAUUUAAAGCGGUCAAAUAGCAGAAAAGGUAGUUUUAGAGCAACUUAAGCUUAUCUCUUCCCCAGUUUUUUUCUAUCUGUCAAGUUUUUAAAUGAUUUUAUCAGAUAAAAAAAGAAUUAAAGAAAAUAGGCUUCUGGGAAAGGCCAUAAGCUUGCCUCCUAAUAAUAUUUACCCAGAGAUUUCAAGCAAGUAGUAAUUCAAACCAAUAAAUAUAUUAAGUGA